CAUAAAAUGAUGCACUUCAAACGAAACCUGAGCUCCUUCAUACCUCUGGCUUUCGCCAUUGCUAAAUUAUUAUGCGGAGAGAGGAAAACUAAGGACAGCACGAUGUCGAUGUUGCUAGAUAGGGAAUCGAUAGAUUUGAUUCUAGUCCCUUUGGGGCUCGCUAUAAUGUUCAGUUACCAUCUUUUUCUCCUGUAUCGCAUCCUUCGAUUUCCUCACACAACCGUGGUUGGUUAUGAGAGCCAUAACCUAAGAGCGUGGGUCGAGCGAAUGCUUAAGGGAAGCCCGAACGAUAUAUCGAUUGCAUUACAAGUAAUAUCGAGCAACAUGUCAGAAUCGAGCAACCUCGCCUCAGUCUCCAUCGCCCUGAGCUCCCUAAUCGGUACAUGGAUCGGUAGCACGUCCAAAGUCUUCAUGACUCAGGUAAUCUACGGCGACACAAGCCAAUCCACUGCCUCCGUCAAAUACAUCUCUCUUCUGGUCUGCUUUUUAGUCGCUUUCACUUGUUUCAUCCACUCUGCUAAGUACUUCGUGCAAGCUGCGUAUUUAAUGAGUACCUUGGACUCAGAUGUGCCGGUUAGUUACGUGCAAACUGCGGUAUUGAGAGGGAGCAAUUUCUGGGCCUCCGGCCUUAGAGCGCUGUAUUUCGCGACUACACUGCUUAUGUGGAUAUUUGGGCCCAUACCGAUGUUUGUUUGCUCGGUUUUUAUGGUCCUAGUGCUGCGUUUUCUUGAUACAAAUUCGACUCCUUUGCACCGAUUUCAGUUUUAUACGGCGAAUAAAGAGGGAGAGGGGAGAGCAUCAAAUGGUAAAGCGUAUAGUAAUCACGUCCGUGUUCAGCCUCCUGCUACUGUCAGUUAAAUGAUUUUCUGCUCGGUUCAAUUCGUGAUAAUAAAAAAAUCCUGAUUAUUUUUAUAAAAACGGAUGGGGGGUGAAACUAUGCAAUUGUAUCGAUGAGCAAAGACGAAUAAAGCAAUACUUCGCUUCGUAAGCAAAUGAAUGGCAAGUAAUUUGGAUUAACUGGGAUUAAGACUUCGAGCACGUCCCCCCGAAAAAAAUUAACCAAGGGCAUUUUAGCCAUUGAGGGAUCAAAUUGUGUAAGGCCCGUGGGAUUUGCGCGCGGGACGUAUGAAAUUUUUCAAACAUUUGAGAAACUAAUAUGGAAUUAUUGGAGAUAUAAUGGACUAAUAUCAAAUAAACCUUACAAAGUCAGAGAAAUAGUCAGUGCACGUUAGAAUUAAUAUAAAACUAUAAUUUUCGAUCCUCAC